CACACACGCACACGACGCAGCAGCGCUCAAGUGAGCUCGCAGAAUGAUUGGCUGCUACCUGGAAAACCAGCACGGCGUGCUGCGACGGCGACCGGCGGAGAAAUAUUAACCUGUGGAAGUUAAUGAGGUUGAGGUAACAGCCUCCGCGUGAAUACAACAGGUCAGUUCCCUUUGUUUUUACAGUCUGUUGACAGACAGCGUGUUCUCAAAACGUCUGCACUUGGUCGAGUGAGUUCACGCUAAUCUGAUCUAACGACACAGACGUUAGACUGAGUUUGUGUGGUAAAUCUCUUCUAUAAGCUUCGCGUUGUGUUGGGUUGUGUUCGUCGUAAACCCCUAAAGGGAUUUCCUGGGAAAAGCCGAGGGUGGGAUCGGUGUUGCUGGGAAAAGUGCUUGCUCAUCCUUUAUCAGCAGGAGUGCGUGAGUCAGCGCCUGCUCCUUUACACUGGGCGCUGUCGCAACACGCGCACACACGCACACACGCGCACACGCAAACACACGUCAACACACACGCACACAGCUCCCUCCCUCUCAGAUGCGCACUCACAGGACAUAUGACUGAGUCAGGGUGCGUUUUUAGUUUGCAACACAAGUGAGAUAAGGCUUUCUGGGAAGCGUAGUCUGACCGGGCGGCAUUCCAUUUAGAAAUACCUCCACGGGCGCAACAGCUGGGACUUUACUCCAAGAGCCGUGGACGCGUUAAGUUCAGCUGCGUAAGACGUGCAUGGCGGCCAUGGCGGCGUCCCGGUCGUCCGUGUUUACCUUCGAGUCCACCGUGCACUCCGCGCACGUCCUGCGCCGCCUGGACGAGCAGCGCCGGCGGGAGACGCUGUGCGACGUCACGGUGGUGGUGGAGGGUCGGAGCUUCCGCGCGCACCGCUCCGUGCUGGCCUCCUGCAGCGAGUACUUCUCCCACAGGGUGUCCGCGCUCGCACAGCAUGGGGUGGUGGUCACUCUGCCGCAGGAGGUGACUGCUGCCGGCUUCGAGCCGUUGCUGGCGUUUGCCUACACGUCUAAAUUACACUUCGGGAAAGACAAUGUCCUUGAAAUACGUAACUCGGCUUCGGUGCUCGGUUUCAGGGACUUAGACGAGGCGUGUUUUGAUUUCCUCCUCCCGAAGUUCCUCAACAGCAACGCCUCGGCCUCGUUUCCAAGAAAGACCUGCUGUAAAAGGAAAUGCAAGCAGCAACUCUCGAGGGACGGCCGCGGCAUAGAUUCUGACGAUGCGCCGCCGGGCGACAAAGCGGCCAAACCGGUUGCUGACUCACCGUCUCAGCAGGAGGAGGCUCAGGCCUGUGAAGCCCCGGGGGACGGCCGGAGCGGCGCCGGCGCGCUCACGCCGGCGCCCGAGAAGAAAAAGAGCGAUUUCACGCAGUGUCCGAAGUACCGCAAGUUCCAGCGGGCCUGUGGGAGAGAGAGCUGCGUCCUGGAGAAGCGUCUGCACAACACGGCGACCGUGAUCAGGGGCGUCUGCGAGCUGCUCUGCUCGCCCUGUCCCGGCAGCAGAGCCCGCAGCCAGGACAUCGAGAUGGGAUUCCCCGCAAAGCUGGGCCCGGGUGCCACCAGGCCGAGCAAAAAGGCCGAGAGGCACGAGGAGGAGCCCGAGGGGGUUGUGAACGGGGACAGAGAGGGAGGAUGGGGGGAGAAGGAGGCGGGACGUGGCGUCUCGAGGACGGGGGGAGAAGCGGAGCUGGCUGGAUUUGGCUCCGAGGGUUCAGGCGCGGUGGGAGCGAGGUCACCGCACCGCUGCCCCUCGGUUCUGGCUGCAGCCGCACAGGACGCGACGAGGGCCGGUGGUGCAGCAGAGCCGGGAUCUGUCCGGCAACCGGCGCAUGAACAGAAGGAGAUGGUGAUGGAGGACGGGGUGCAGGCGGGAAGCGUGAGUGUGUUGGUGAACCAGGCCCGGGAGGAGGCGCCGGACGCCGGGCCCACGGCGCCGGACGCCGGCCGGUCCCGGACCAGCUACCAGGACCCCGACCCGGGCAGCUCCUCGGACGCGGCCGCCCUCGGCGCCGGCGGCGCCGCGUGCCCGUUCUACCAGGGCGGCGCCGGCGGCGGCCGGUGCGCGUGGAAGGCGGCGGCGCUGUCCGAGUGCGAGGGGGCGUCGCAGUCGUCCCUGAACUCGGCCGACGACGGAGACUCGGAGACGGAGACGGAGGGCGACAGCGAGUGCUACGCCAGAGAGCGGGCCCGAGAGGUGCAGCUGCCGUUCCCCGUGGACUGGGUCGUGGACCUGAGCCGCAACGACUUCCAGCACCUGCUCAAGCAGCAGGUCUUCACGCCGGAGCAGCUGGAGUUCGUCCACGACAUGCGGCGCCGCUGCAAGAACCGCCUGGCCGCGCAGCGCUGCCGCAAGCGCAAGCUCGACUGCAUCUACAACCUGCAGUGUGAGAUCCACAAGCUGAGGACGGAGCGGGAGAAGCUGCUGGUGGAGAGGAGCCAGCUGGGCCAGAUGAAGCUGAAGACGUGCCACACCCUCUCCGCCCUGUGCCAGCGGGUCUGCAGCGAGGCCAGCCUGCAGCCGGAGCAGCUGGAGGUGCUGGCCCGGUUCAGCUCCACAGACUGCCCCCUGGCCUCCCUGCUGCCCCACGCGGACCCCCCCCCGGCGCAGCCCGGCUUCAGGGAGGCCUCGUCCUCCGGCGGGGACGCGGUCGCGGGGGGCGGUCAGUAUUGAGUGUAGAGAGGAUGAUCAUCAGCGUGGAGGGAGGAUGCUGCAACAUCAGCAGAUGUGAAACAUGGCUACAAUGCAUUUACUGUAAAAUAAGACAAUAGGACAGUACUUCUAUUAAGAGGUCAGGGAAACAUUCCAGAUGUUUGACUCUCAGGUGGUAACAGGGAACUUCAGCUCACAUUGCACACAGUGUUGGACCUUCUAUGUGGAGGACAACACGCCGCUGCAGUUUGCACCACAACCAAAGAGCAAAACAACCAAACACACACACAAAAAACUCAACAGGACUUGAAGAGUGUGCCAUGUUUACCUGCUGGCUGUCGCAUUCAGCGCCGUCACUGCGGUGCCGACCGCGGUGACGCGCCUCACGCGUCACACAUCUGGCUCCGCGGGUUGGCAGAAAUGCGCUGUGUAAAGAAGCAUGAUGGGAUGGAAACCACCCAACCGACCCGAGCCCGGUGCGCCGCCCGCAGUCCACAGGCUCGGCUAAAUACGGUGGCCUUCAAGGGUCAGGUGAACAAUGUAGCAAUAACCCACUGACAGAUGCAGCACAAUCACAUUAAGGUUUAUAUUUUUUUAGUGUAUCGCAGUUAUUAUGUCAUGCGCUCAAGCUUUUCGGUCAACUUUCACCUACUUUACAGUAGAUCUCUGACACUCAGGCCUUUGACGGGAAACCAGUUUCACAACUUUACCCUCAGCUCCUCGGUUUCUACUGUAUCACACGUUUGUGGAUUUACUAUUUCUCCUCAUGGUCUUUUAAUCAACAGCCACCAUAAUGUACGAACAUAGUAUGAAUAAAUACUGUUCCAAAUAGUGAGGAAACACCAUGCAUUUGGAGGAUUCUGACGGUCCACAUGCGUAAUGACGUAUGUGUUUUUACGUCGCACCAGGCUCACGCGAACUAAUGCUGGAUAACGCUGGUGCACAGUGCCCUCUAGCGGCGUAUUUGUAUAUGUAAACAUAUCAUUGACUAUAGAUACAAACACAUUCAUUAAUUUUUGUAUCUGCAUUUGACAAUGUCCAAAUGGAUUCCUUUAUUUUGUAAGUUAAAGUGAAACUGUAUCAAUUUUUAAAAAAUGUAAAGUUUUAUUUUUCUACUUCUUUCGUCUCAGUUUAUGAAGAUAUAGAACAAAUCCACCACAACGGCUGCCAGUGUUCGUUGUUAAUGUAGCCUUCACACUGAACUACCAAAUUAAAAUGUUUCUUCUUCUUGAUUUCACACUUUGUUGUUAGAUUGUUAUUAGACGUUUGUUUAAUGUGUCAAACAAAAUAAAACUGAAAGCUGUUGACCUUA